UAGUUGAAAAAUAUUUUUUUUUUGAUGGCUCUUCCGACACACGAUUGGUUUUUGCCUUUUAUGAGAGGCGGUGAAAAUUACAUUGCAUUGAAAAUUGCAUCGAUUUUUUUAUUUGCUCUUUGUGUUCGAUUUAUUUCGUCUGUUAAAACUAGAAAAUUUCAUCCACGGCGUCGCAUGGAUGGCAAAACAGUAAUUGUAACCGGAGCCAAUUCCGGCAUCGGCAAAGAAACUGCCAAAUUUCUCGCUCAACUUGGGGCUCGUGUCAUCAUGGCGUGUCGCAACACCGACUUAGCGAAGGAAGUUCAAGCUGAAAUCAUCAAAGAGACCAAAAACAAAAACGUCAUCGUCAAAAAAGUCGAUUUGAGUUCCCUAAAAUCCGUGCGUGACUUUGCCGCCGACAUAAAUCGCACCGAAGAGCGUUUAGACGUUUUAUUGCAUAACGCCGGCUAUGGAGGCGCCUUCGAAAAACGCGUUUCCGAAGAUGGCAUCGAAAUGACGUACGCCACAAACCAUUACGGACCCUUUUUACUCACGCACUUGCUGAUCGACCUCAUGAAACGCACGGGAAAUGCUCGCGUUGUCGUCGUCGCAUCGUCAUUUUACAAACUUGCCAAGGUCAAUUUGUCAAAUUUGAAUCCGACAAGCACGAUGCCCGCUUACUUGUAUUACGCCUCGAAAUGUGCCAACAUCAUGUUCACCCUCGAACUGUCAAAAAGGCUUGAAGGCACCGGAGUUACGGCAAAUUGCUUGCAUCCGGGUCUCGUUGAUACCGGAAUUUGGCGAAAUGUUCCCUUCCCGCUGAGCGUCGGACUGAAACUCGUGAAUUACUGUUUCUUCAAAAAUGCGUGGGAAGGCUGCCAAACGAGCGUUUAUUGUGCCGUCAGUGAACAAUUGGAUGGCGUUUCGGGAAAUUACUACGAGUACAAUCGCGAAACGAAAUUGAACAAGCACGUGACGAAUGAAAAGGAUAACGCCUUGCUUUGGGAUGCCUCCGUGAAAAUGGUGAAACUCGGAAAAAAUGAUCCGAAAAUUUAAGUUUUUCAGAAAAAAAAGUGGUUUUAAGUGUUAAUUAAUUAAAAAAUUUAGAAA